AUGUCUCCCAAGCAGAGAUAUCGCAGCGACCUUUUCAGCCCUGAAAAGUUCGCCUCGGGCGAUCUGCUUGAUCGUGCGUUAGAGGAGCUGCGAACCAUCCUCACAGAGGACAAUUUCAAGCACGUUUUUCAGGAAGUAAUUGACAAUGAGAGCGCUCGUAUUCUUUUCUUGGUCUUGUCAUGCUCUUACAUCUUCACAGUUUUGAGUGAGACCACCUCGUUGAUUUCGUGGUUGUUGGAGACAUUUCCUUCUGAAGCCAUCAACUACGAUGCCACCGUCCACUGCAGAGUCAUAUCCUGUCUCUCUGCAGAAUUUAUUUCAUCUUCUUUUGUUGAAGAGAAAGAAAUAUGUGCCCGAUACCACGAGAUAGCUCAGAUCGGACCCAAGGUUUUGAAAUCUCUUGUCUCCUUCCUUGGGCGCAUCGCUGGAUCAGAGUAUUACAAGAAGGGAAAGGCUCAAAUAAGCAAGUUUCAGCAAACGAAGGGAGACGGUCCUUUCGCUUUUGUCAAAAAGGAUUUUGAUAUUUUGAAGAUCGACAUCCCUGAAACUUCCAGCGAGGCAUCUGUCUCCAUGGAUCAUGUUUUGCAAAGUCAGAAGGAUACACUCAAGUUCUAUUUAGAGCUGCUCCGUCGUCCUGAGAUAUAUGUAUCUCUCAAGGAGCGUUGUAUCGUUUCUGCGUCUCUCAUUGAUGAAGAGAAAAUCGCUCCGGGGUUCGUAGUCGAGUUGCCCUCCGCAUAUCCGAACGUUCAGCCGAUGAAGUCGGCAUUAUAUUUUGAUACUGCCGAGGGUUUUGGAGAAUGGACAGUCGUCAUAUCUACGGACGCUGACAAUUUUUUGCGGAGCGCCCGCAAGAAAAAUCUCUACACGUUUAACAUCACUAUGAAGAAGAUUAAGGAGCUCUCAUGCGGUCACUUUACGAACAACAAUCAAAAGCCUCUAAGUGGUAGUGUGGCUGAAGUCCCCGUCUUUGAGGCCAAGAUAACUCGUGAUCUACGACUUGUUUACCAAAUCGAUCUAAUCCCAGGUGAUGAAUAUGUACGUACGGAGGAUAAUUUUGUAAUUCGAGUAACUAAAUUACACUGGUUCAUUGGAAGAGAGAGCAACAAGCUAUCAAGAUUUUUGGUAUCUAUACGCAUGCUCAAAUGGACAAUCGUCUGUGGAGUUCCAUCAGCAGUCAGUUGCAAAAAAAGGGAAAACAAUACCGCAAAAGGCAAUAUUUUCUCAUCGAAGCGUGCCGACUCCCAAGCUUCAAAGAACAUUUUUAUUCCGGCGUUCUUCCCUCCGCUACCUGAAGUAUUGCAGACGGAGAUCGAAGACAUACCAGAUCUACGUCCUGAUGAAACGGUUGAGGUCCAUUCAAGACUCCUAUUUGAGAAAUACAUCACAUUCUCGCAGCCCUUUUUAAAUACCGUUUUAGCAGAUGUAGAUGCAACGUUUCCUCAUAUGGUUUCCACGCAAGAGAAACGUAUUAUAGAGCAUCCAAAGUCCUGCUACGUUAUAGGCCGUAGCGGCACAGGAAAAACAACAACCAUGUUAUUCAAAAUGUUGCUUAUCGAGAGGACAUUUCAACUCAUGGAGUCGGAUUUACCUCGUCCUCGCCAAGUCUUCAUCACCAAGUCUAGAGUGCUUGCUAAGAAAGUGCAAGAGUACUUUGUGAAGUUGUCCAGCUCCUUAACAAUAGCAUCGCAGCCAUCUGUUGACCUCAUGAACCUACCGAGAGCUCCACAGUAUCAUGCUGAUUUAGGGCUGGUUCAUGCAGAUGACAUUGCAGAUUGGCGGAUUGAUUUGCCAGCCAAGUACAGUGACCUCAAGGAGAAACACUUCCCGCUAUUUAUCACGUUUGACGGUCUUUGCGACAUGUUGGAAGCUGACAUGGGCAUCCAAACGUUGACCGCCGCGAGCCGUAUUGGCAUCAAGCACAACAAAUCGCACAUGACUCUUAUUACUUUCGAGUCCUUUUGCGAGUCCUACUGGUCUCAUUUCCCUCAGCCAUUGAUCAAAGGAUCAGAUCCUGCCUUGGUGUACAGCGAAAUAAUAGGUGUUAUCAAAGGAUCAGCAAAGACACUCAGCGAAGAGAAGCAGCACCUUAGCAGAGCGACUUACCUAGAUCUCAGUGAACGCCGGCAAUCCACAUUUGCAGACCAGAGACCCGAGCUAUACAAACUCUUCGAGUUAUAUAUGCACAAGAAGAAGUUGCGAGGAGAGUACGACACUGGUGAUCGAACCCAUAGGAUCUUGAAGUAUUUUGCAGAGAAAGGUGUUCCAGGACAAGGACUCGAUCAUUUAUAUGUCGACGAAGUACAGGACAACAUGCUCAUUGACUCUAUGGUCUUGAGGGCGCUAUGUAACAAUGCGGAUGGUCUCUUCUGGGCGGGUGACACUGCCCAGACGAUCUCUGUCGGAAGCUCCUUCCGUUUCGAAGAGUUGAAAGCAUUUCAGUGGAAUAUUGAGGAUCAGUACCGGAGGAGGCGCGGACUUGGAUGUGGAUCCAAGCAAUUGCCUGAAAUGUUUCAACUUGCUGUCAACUAUAGGUCCCAUGCAGGCAUCGUUGAUUGCGCACACUCCAUCAUUGACCUUAUCAUGACGUUUUGGGAGGAUUGCAUUGAUCGUCUUUCUCCAGAAAUGGGCAUUGUAGAUGGGGUCAAGCCCAUCUUUUUUAACAAUGAGGAUCAUGCCCAGUUGGAGCAGUUCCUCUUUCUUGAUGGUGGUGGAGCUCCUAUUGAGUUCGGUGCGCAGCAAUGCAUCAUCGUUAGGAACGAAACAGCGAGAGAGAGACUCCAACAGAAAGUCGGCAAAGUCGGUCUAGUGCUUACCAUAUACGAAAGCAAGGGGCUUGAAUUCAAUGACGUCUUGCUUUAUAACUUCUUUGCUGAUUCACCUACCGGUCCCGCACAAUGGCGUGUUGUGCUGAAUGCCAUCGAGGAGAGCAAGCAGGACCCUAGGAAUCCACCUCCUCGGUUUGACUAUAUCCGUCAUGCCAAUAUUUGUAGUGAGCUGAAAUGCCUGUACGUUGCAAUCACCAGAGCUCGUGAAAAUAUCUGGAUUGCAGAUGGAUCUGAGACGGGAGAACCCAUGAGAAUCUUUUGGAAUAGCAAAAACUUGAUAAACAAUUUCACGCCAGGAUCUGAUGUGCCCCGUCUUGCGUCUGAGUCGACACCAGAAGAAUGGGCUGCAGAGGGACGUGAACUUUUCAAUGCGAAGCACUUCUCUCAGGCCAAGCGCUGCUAUAGGAAGGCCAAUCUUCCUCUCCUGGCAUCUAUCGCAGAUGCCUAUGAUUCACGGAUGAAGGCUCGUAAUGUCGUUGGUACAUCGAGACAAAAAGUGCUCGAACGACGUUCUUGUUUCGCUGAAGCAGCCAAGUCGUUCUCAGAAUGUGCUGACUUCACUUCAAACUCAAGAGAUUUCUUGACAUACUUCAGGAUUAGUGGCGAAUGCUUCGAACAAGCUGAUGAGAAGAAUCGGGCUGCUGAAAAGUUUCUACUGGCUCAGGAGUACACCCGUGCUGCAGAGCUGUAUAGAGAUAUUGACAAAUUUGAUGAGGCGGUAGUGGUUGUGAAGGGUCAUGGAGACAAAAUGUUGUCGGAGGUUGUCGAAGAUGUCAUCAAGCUUGCAAGGCUAACAUACUUUUCUAAUGGCGAGAUGACAAAAGCUCAUCAGCUUUUUGACUCAUUCGAAGAAGAAGUGACGUAUCUGAAAGAGAGGGAUCUCGAUGUCGCUCUUGCCCACUUGUUGGAAAUGACGGGCCGAAUCAGCGAAGCUGCUGAAUUGCAUUGUUCUAACGGUCGCAAGCAACAGGCUAUCGAGCUUUUCCUCCGUGAGGCUGAAAACAAACGUGCCUUAUGCCGAGCUCAAGAAUGCAUUCUCGACGAGCUUUGGCAUACGAUAGCUUUUGACGUUGACCCGAACGUCAUAAGAUCAGAUCUGUCUGUCUUGCAGCUGAUGCACUUUGCUUCACAGAUUGAUGAGGCUUCUGUGGAGUGGACUAAAGCUGAUGAACUGUCCAUGUUUAGGGCCAUCAUAGAUAAUCAGACAUCUCAGCUGCGCGCGCUGGGAUCGAAAUUCCACAAGGCUGAUCAUAGUUCUGCGGCUUUACUGUGCCUAGAUCAAUAUUUUUCUCGGGCACCUCGGAUCCAAGACUUGACACUUGUCGACGCAGUCGAAGAACUCGGCCUGUUUUAUACCUACGCGGGCCUUCUUUCCGCUGCUGCAUCCCGAACGGACCCUUGGGAAGAUGUAACAAUGGCGGCGAUGUUCGGUUUUCGACGAAUAUCAGAGAAUGAGUUUCUUGUCUCCAAGAAUGCAUGGCUACAGAAAGCGGCUCUGAAUCUUCCACGUAAGAGCGUGCAUAGGGAUCACGACUCGAAUCUCAGGUUGUCGGCAUUCGAAUUACGUGGACUAUUUCAAUUUGCUCUUCGAAGUCAUCUCAAGGGAAGGAUUGCCGCUGAAGAUGACGAUUGUGCGAAAAGUCAAGCAUUCCAGAUUUGCCUAGUUUUUGCUGAAUCUGGACGUUGUGACCAAUGCCCACAAGUUCAUAUGUCACCUUUGAUGAUAGAUACCGGUUACUAUAAUAUGCGCGUUCGCCUGCACCUGCAACAAAUCUUGAUCUUGGGGUCACUUAGUGGGAAUGCUUGCGAACAAAUGGAAAGCAGAGAAACCCCUGAGUUCUGGCUCAACCGUCUUUGCGAUGCUCUCUAUCCCCCACAUCAUAUGUUCGGUUCCAUUUCCUAUCUCGUGCUUUCUACAAUUCCCGAAGCUCCAAGAGCAUUGGAUAUUAUGACUUUCGUCCCGGAUGUGAUACGGACAGCUACCAUCGCUCUCAUGUUUGACCGAAGUCAAGCGGGUUAUCUCAGGAAUCCCGCAUAUAUCAGCGCAAAACAUCCUCCAUCCAAUUAUGUUCGCCAAAACAACGGUAUUGCUAUUCAUAAUCUUCUGAGCUCAAUGUCGGGAGAUCAAACAUGGUCUCUUACUGCUGGUUUUCUGUUUGUCGAGCUUGUUGUAAAGCAAAGACUGUCCAUCAACGUCGGUGAUCUAUGCGACUUUGUGGACUUUCUUUGUGGUUCUGUCAUUCUUUGGGGCUGUCGCUCGGGAAAAUCAUUAUCAUCUGACCUAACUGUCCCUCGUAGCUGGCUCUUGUGGUCUGUGAACUAUGAUUUUCCAGAGUUCAAUGAGGAGAUACAGACAGAUUAUUAUCGCAUCAUUCUGGCACCUAUGCAGGAUCUCCUGGAACAACUGCAUACCAGAAACUGUGACCAUCUCUUUUAUGUGACCGCAAGAAAUCAUUCAAAAGUGCCAUGCCGAGUUUAUCAUGAUGCUUUCAUCCUAAGAAUAUUCAAGGCUCUUGGUCUACUCGGUCACAAUGUCUGCGAUGAUUUUCUCCGUGUCAGUAUUCAGAAGUUGAUGCUGUCUUUGCGCCAAGAAGGUCGAUUAAUUUCUCCUUUUUAUAAUCAAUGCAUCGAUGCCGCUGACCGCUCAUGGGAUGAACUUGUAGAGGUUAUUCGUUCUUCUCUGCAAUCCGACCCCAAGAUCGAAAUGAUACAGCUCGUUCACCUGAGCAAGGAGGCUCUAAUAAACAAGCAUGCCUUACAAGGGGUUCAUCAGCGUCUCUACGUCGACCUUUCAGAUAUUCAACAGCAGCUUUGUCCCGCUGUUCCUGCAUCCACUUACUGGAAGACCACUUCAUCGCAAAUCGAUGUUUCUGAGAGGAAGGGCCCGGAUAAGGACGGCGAAGUGGAGAAAAUGAAGAAUCUACAAGAAGCCGAAGCUGUCGAGGAGACUUCCGGUAAUGAUGAUGUAGUCGUUGAUGCCAUUCCCAUGCAAGAAGCUAAAGCCGUCAAGGAGACUUCUGGUGAUGAUGCUGUAGCUGCCGAUGCCAUUUCGGUGGAAGAUAUGACAACCCGGAAGCCGACAGAAAGAGAGGUCGCUGCUGCAUCCUUGAUUCAGCGGGUAUGCAGAAAGGUCCUUCGUCAUCGACGAGGUGUUGCCAAGAGAGGGACGACAGGCCUUCGUGCACAAUUCUAUGCCUCAUGCACCAAAAAGGUGACCCGGCUUGGUGCUAACCCAGGGCUAUAUCUUCGCUUGUUUCUGGGACCGCUGCCGCACCUUUUAGUCUGUCUCGAGAAUGUUUGUACCGAGACAUUCACCCAAAAAACAGGGGCGAAAAAGAGGUUUCUAGAUUGCAGUCGUGACGAGAUGGAAGCAGUUGAAAAGUUGUUAAAAAAGACAACCAAGGCGAACCAGGCUGCAAUCAAACUACGAAAGCAGCUCGACCCAAGUUCUGCUUUCCACGAGAGUUGCAACAGCAAGGAACUCAGAAAAUUAGCGGAAGAGGCUAACGAUUUGAUUUCUUCUCUCCCUUUCAAAAGUUCCUUGGACUUAUCAGAUGACCUGCACCUCGCUAUCAAAGGGAUUGUAACUCAACGUUCAUCUACAGGUAGUCCGGCCACUCGACGCAACAUCGAUGUGAGAGUAAAGCCAUAUAUAACCAAGUCAGUCGAGAGAAAGAGCUACGCGAUCAAGAUACGAUUAGUUUGGGAUAACAAGUUUGAACCCAAACUCCGUUGUCGAUAUGCUUUUGCGACUUUCCGAGAGCGGGCCGGAACGGAAAGUUGUUGA